GAUGGCGUUUACGGUUGUUCCUUUGGGUCAACAGACGAGGUGCAGCAGAUGCUUUUGUUUGCAUGAAGAGCAAACAUGGUUUGUUGCGGUGAAGCGGCGGCGGCGUCUCUUUAUUGACCCGUUUGGUGGCAGCGGCUCCAGAAUCUCGGCAUGAACCUGUCGCUGCCUGACGUCUGCUGCGCCUUCGAGGCGCCCGUCCUGGACCGCGUCCUGCCGCCCAUCCUGAUCGUGGAGUUCAUGCUGGGGCUGCUGGGAAACAUCGUGGCGCUGUGGAUGUUCGUCUUCCACAUGGACGAGUGGAAGCCCAACACGGUCUACCUGACGCACCUGGCCGUCGCCGACUCCAUCGUCCUCUUUUGUUUGCCCUUCAGGGCGGACUACUACCUGCGCGGGAAGAACUGGAUCUACGGCGACGCCGCGUGCCGCGUCCUCCUCUUCCUGCUGGCGGCCAACCGCGCGGCGGGGAUCUUCUUCCUCACGGCCGUCGCCGCCGACCGGUACCUGAAGAUCGUCCACCCUCUGAACCGGGUCAACCGUCUGGGUCUGGGUUACGCCCUGUGGGUGUCGCUCGGCCUCUGGUUCCUGAUCUUUCUGGCUACGGGGUAUCUCCUGGCAGACGAGCACUUCUUCUACAGCGGCAACCGGACGCAGUGCGAGAGCUUCAACAUCUGCAUGGGCUUCACGCCGCUCUCCACCUGGCACAACGCCUUCUACGUCCUCCAGUUCUUCCUGCCCUCCGCCAUUGUGGCCUUCUGCUCCAUCCGGAUCACGCUGCAGCUGAACAACAAGACCCUGGACAGGCAGGGGAAGGUCAAGCGCGCCGUGCAGUUCGUCCUGGCCGUCGCCCUCAUCUUCAUCACCUGCUUCUUCCCCAGCACCGUGUCCCGCGUCGCCGUCUGGGUCCUCAAGCUGUGGUACGACCAGUGCCGGUACUUCGAGGAGGCCAACCUGGCGUUCUACACCACCGUGUGCUUCACCUACUUCAACAGCGUCCUCAACCCCAUCGUCUAUUACUUCUCCAGUCCGGUUUUCAGCGGGACCUUCAGGAAGGUUCUGAACAAACUGCUGGGACGAGCUGACGCGCCCGACGCUCCCGAGAACAUUUCCACGGUGGAAGGCAGGAGGAUGUGAGAGCAGCCGGUAAAGAUGUGGAAACAGAAGUUUUCCUGGGAUUUUUAGAACAAAACAGCUCGUCUGUGUUUAUUUAUGAAAACAUUUAAUUAUGAACUAAAAGAUCCUCAGCAAACCUGAGGAACAGAUCAGGAGAGUAAAAAAACAUAUCUAGAAGGUUAAAAAAUUAUUAAAUCAUUGCUAAUAUAUAAUUUCAUUUGAACAUAUUGUUUUAGGAAAACUUCAUUAUUUCAGAAUUGUAACUUUUUCUUACAAAACCUUUCACUUUUAUUAAAUUAAAACCAUAAAACAAAAACAGAUAUUUUUGGUGAAUUUAUUCAACCUUUGAAUGAGACUGAUUUGUGAAUAAAGAGAAAUAAAGCUUUAAACUGCUGCUGUUCACUCUCCUGUUGUAGAUUAUACUCCUUAUAGUUUAAAAAUAUGUUACCAAUGUUGGAAAAACAACCUAAAAUAAAGCAAAAAAAAAAAA